CGAGAAUUUCCGUCUCAAAAACCUGCGAGAUUCUAAAGUAUCGCGAGAUUGUGAGUAGAAUUAUUAUGGUAUCAAGUGUGAUGUCAAGUAACGCUUUUUGUUCUGUUUUGUUCGCGUUUUUCCCGUAACAUCUACGACGUUUCAUUGACGGUCUGAAAAGAUAAAUAACCUUAGUGUCUGUUUAUAUGAGGGAGAUUUUUAACCGUAUAAUUUCCUUUUAUUUCAAGCAAUAGCUAGAAAGCGGCCUGUUUACCUGUAAAUAAGGUGGGUUACAGAAUACAGGAGUCUAGAUCUUCUCCACCUCUAAUGUACAGGUUUAUUACUGGAUUGUUAGACACUGAUUUAGACUUAACAUCCUGUCAGAAGGGACCUGUCAUUUUACUGCACCUUAUUGAAACCCUGCAGCUCUAACAGAAACACAGAUUCGUAUGGAAUAAGCGACUAAAAACAGAAAGGAAUUGAAGUUUAAGUUUGUGGCUUCAGGAUGCCUUUGUUUUACAAGAAGAAGAAGCCAAGUGAGGAGUCCAAGAAACGCCUGGAGUAUCAGUUGUGUCUGUCUAAAGAAGCAGGUGCAGAUGAUAUCCUGGAUAUUUCAAACUGUGAGCUUUCAGAGGUUCCGUCCAGCGUCUUCUCCAUCUGCAAGGUGCUCCAGAAAAAGGUGCUCAUCCUCUGUGGAAAUGAGCUCAAGACUCUGGUGCCCAAAUCCUGUGCCACAAACUCUCUAGCGACUAUAAAAGUAUUGGACCUGCAUGACAACAAGCUCACUUCACUCCCAGAAGAUAUCGGACAGCUUUCAUCCCUCCAAGUAUUAAACGCAGAAAAUAACCAGAUCAAGGCACUUCCAGUGUCUAUAGGGGAUCUCCGGAAUCUACAGACGCUUGACGUGAAAGGGAACUGCCUCCGUGAGCUGCCCUCAUCUGUGGGACACAUGUCCAGUCUGCGCACACUGGACCUGAGUGAGAACAGCAUCAGGGAACUGCCCAAAGAGUUGGCCAACAUUCGAACCCUGGAGAGCUUGACACUUGAUGUGUGGUCUAUGAGCUACCCACCUGCCUCAGUCUGCACAGCAGGCACAGAAGAAAUCCAGCGCUUUCUCUGCUCAGAGCUAGGGCUGGAGUACUGCCCUCCCUCACAGUACCUGUUGCCCGUGUUGGAAAACGACAGCAACAAGCCGUGCCUGGACUAUGUGGAUGGGGAGGAUAUAGCCUGGCAGAACAAAUUUAUGGACUACGAGAAGAGAAAGGAGCAGAAGCAGCUUGAGAAGCUGAACUUUGAGAAGGUUUUGGAAGAGAAACAGAGAGAGCAAACACAGCUCCUUCUUCUCAACAACUCCCGCAAAGAGGGCAUGCUGCUAUCUGUCAAACUGGAGCAGGAGCGUGUGGAGCAGGGUGUCUGUCUCCAGCAAAAAGUUCAGGAGGCUGAGAGGCAGAAGCUGCUGGAGAAAGUGCGGCAGGCCGAAGCCAGCAUCUCUACCCGUAUCUCUAACCUGCUGCUGGACAACAAACGCCAAGCAAAAAGUGCUGAAUUUCUGCAGGCAUUAGAGGAAGAUCGUAUCCAUAUGGAGCAUCUUACUGCCAUCACGCAAGAAGAAGCCAGUUCUCUGAGAAAGAGAGACAUUGCAGUUGCAAUGCAGACCAUGUUAUCAGAGAGCUAUUCCUUGGGGUUACUGCAGGAGGCCAGUGAGACCAGGAGACAGAAUAUGGUGUCUGAAGCCUGCAAAAGUAUGGAGACCUUGGACAGGAAGUUUGAGCAGGUUCUGGCCUUACAGCAGCUUGAUAAAAGCAAAGCCAUCAGCCAGAUCCUUCAGGAGGAGGAGAUGCAGAAGACAGCCUUUGAGGCCUUGCAGCUCCAAAGGGACAGUGUACAUGGCUACAUUCGCAACCAGAUAAGACUAAUUGAGGCAGAGUUAAUGCAGCUGACAAAGCUGGAGGUUAAAAGGAGGAAUCUGGAUGCCGAAACUUUGCAGGAGGCAUUAGCAGAGCAGAGGACUGCUCUGUCAGAUAUGCUCCAGCAGCUGCUGAAACAGAAGGAUCAGAGGGAGGUGGAACUCAAACAGGUUUUGAUGGAGAUGGAGCUGAAGAGUGAUUCCACUCAGCAAAACUACUGGAUGAUCCAAUAUCAAAGAUUGCUGGAUGCCAAGCCACUGUCUUUGCGCAUGCAGGAAGCCGGUGUGGAUAAGGACCUGGUGAACUUGUUGUGUAAGCUCUCUGCUCAGCAUUACCUGCCAAUCAUGGCUCAUCAUCGAAUCACUGCAGAGGCACUGCGUCACAUGACCACCAAAGACCUCAGCAAGUUGGGGAUCAGUGAAGUGGGAGUACAGAAAUCUCUCCUGCACUGGGCCAGAGAACAACAGAAUUCUCCAAAGAAUUCUCCUAGGAAGUUCCAGGAGGUACAAGAACCUGGUCCGUCCGUACCCACAACACCCCUGCAACAGCAGCUGACUCCACCUCUGACCCCCAGUACUCCACUGACCCCUACUGCCCCCAGCCCACUGGACACACCCAGCACCGAGUGUGUGGUGUGCAUGGAGGAUAGGUCCCUGGUGGUCUUCUUACCAUGUGGUCAUAUAUGCUGCUGCCAGGUCUGCAGUGACGCUCUUCUGUCUUGCCCGUUGUGCCGCAGUAACAUCUCUCAGCGCAUCCGCCUUUACCACGGCUGAACUCGUCCAGGACCUGGUCUGACCACUCAUGCACUUUCAUGCUAACAAAAUUCCUCCAACUCCGAUUUCAUGUCAGAAAGGAGGCUUUAUAAUAAGUCAUUUAACACGCAUUUCAUUUAGUGAGAAAGGAGGAUUCAAAGAUGUUAACCUCAGCAGAUAAUCAGCAGCUCUGGUUGUAAUGUUAUAUAUUUGCACUAUUUUAAUCCUGGUGCCUUUUUGUGUCUGAUGUGUGCUAAUCCUGACUGUUACCACAUAAAAUUCAUCCGCAUGAACUUAAACUUCUUCAAUUACUAAUCAUCCUCUCUACUGGUCAUGCUUGUGACUUAAAGCCCCUGUCAUCUUAUUAUAAUAAUUAGCUUUUAACCGUUCGCUUUAGCUUUACUGAGUUGUGUAUGCUUGUAUUUGGUAGAGGUGUAAUAUCAGUUCUACUAACAGACCAAUUAGAAUUAAUCAUCCGCUUACUCCAGCUCCACACUUACCACAUAAAGUGUCAUCUUUCCUGAUCCAUUGCCUCUUUGUACUUGAGUGUAGUGUCAUUAUUUCCCAAUUUGCCAUUUUUUACAAUACUAUUUUAGUUUUAUGUGUGGUAAUGGUGAGUAAUUCUACCUCUUCUGUUUCAAUGGUGAAAUGAGAAUUAGAAGAGUAUAUCUCAAAUUCACAACCACCUAAUGCUGUAAGAACGUCGGCAGUGUCCUAAUGCCCAGUACUUACACUGGGUCAUAAAAUAGUCUUUUUGGUUGUAUGGUUCAGUCUCACAAAUGUAUAAAUGGAAAUGUGAAAAGUUCCUCUUGGUCAUCUUGAGUCACAACCCUAAUAAGUUAAUCAACUAUUCAAAAUCUGAUAGUAGGCAGUUAUACAUUAAAUAUUAUUUUGGAUAACCGCUGUAUGACAAACAUCCCCAGGUCAAAGUGGAUCUGAGCCCCAGGACAGACUUAUACGAUAUUAUAUUGAUAUAUAUAUAUGUGAUAUUAAUGUGAAGGAGAAAGAAAUAAGGUAUAAGAGCUUGUUUCAGUUUGUGAUGUGCUGAUUUUUGCAUCACGGUCAGUCCUAUGCUCUGUUUAUCAAUGUACUUAGGCAUAUACACGGACCAGCCACUUAAUUGAAAACCCCUUUAAUGUAAAGUAUAAAAUGUAAGUGCGUAAAAACACAGAGAAAGUCCAGAGCUUCACGUAAUCCACACAUCAAACAUCAGGAUGUGAUCUCGGUGUCUGAUGGACUGUUUGGAGUAUUUUUGAAGCUGCUCAUAUUCUGGGAUUUUCAGGAACUGCAGUGUCUAGAGUUUACACAGAAUGGUACACGUCCAGUGAGUGGCAGUUUUGUGGGUCGAUAUGUUUUGAUAGUUGAGAGAGGUAGAGGAGAAUGGUGAAGUUGACACCAGCUGGAAGUAGGCCCACUCAUAAAACCGGAUGUGUCUUCAAUUGGACACAGAUACUGAAAACUGAACCAAAGAUUGUAAAAAAAAAAUCUCACCAUACAUUUUUAAACAUUUAAUUCAGCCCAGUUUUCUAUCAUCUUGGCUGAGAAAAAUGGGACCAAAUGGUGUCUCCAGCUGUUGUAGCCCUUUUGCCUGAUGGCUUAGUGUGCUUUGUGGAAUGCUUUUCUGCUCAACAGAGUUGUAGACACACAUUGUAGAGUCACUUUUUGAGUUACUUUAGACUUCUCUCAGACAAGGGCCACAACUGUCCAUAUUAAAGUGGCUUGUGAGUGUGUAUUUCCGGACUCUACCCUUAUUGAACAUAUGGCAUGGUGAUGCCAGGGGCUUUAAGACCAAAGGGAAAAUAUCUAUUUGUGUACUUGCAUUGCAUGAAUUCCUUUACCAUCAUAUCUCAAUGUUAAAAAAAAUCAUGUACUCGACCUAAUUAAACACUGCCUUGCUCUUAUUAGGUAUAUAAAUAUUUACACUUUCAAUGUUUUGAAGGGUUAAUGUUUCAGAUAUUGUGGCAUAUCUUGGCCAACAGCAGACUUUAGUUCAUAGUUUGUAGUUUUACAUGGCCAACCUCCCUCCUGGCCCCUCCGGGACGUUUUUAUCUGCUGUGGUUAUUUGCAUUUUUUCACGAAACCGUUAAUUGUAAUAUUCUGCAAUGGUAGUGUUUGGAUAGAAUUUUGUUUUUUUCCAAAGACUUUCUUCAUUUUGCUGUUGACUGACAUUUGGUUAAGGGGUGAAUUCAUGUAAUACAUUUUCAUAUAUAGCUCUACUCCUGAGUUUCUGCCUACAUUUUCACUAAAGUGCUCUUAUAACCAAGCAUGAUUUAAAAUGUCUCUCAUCUAGAAAUGUGAUUUAGCAUGUCAUAACAUAACUAUAGAAAUAAUAUAGACAGUGGAAUAGUAUUACUGUGCAAAAGUCUAGGUCUAAAUUCUAAAUUUACGUUUAAGGCAAUUGAAAUGGACAGUGUUUGUACAAAUACGUUAGUGUUUGAAUAGAUGUAACUUAGCAUAAUACAAUAAAUUUAACAAGAACUGUGGCGUGCUUCUGGUGGAACUUUCGCCACUGGGUGUUGAGCCAGGUUUUAGAUGCUGUGCAGGUCUCAGUGAACCAGGAAAAGCAGCUGUCAUAGACAUAAAAUCAAGAAUAUACCACUCUACCAAAAGGUCACAAAUAUCUAUAAACACAUCCAUUUACUGAAUGUUGUAAUGAAUACAUUGUUCAUUUCUAUCUUUGCAAAGGCAUACAGUAGAGACGAUGCAUUACUCAGGAGGCCCAAGACUUUUGCACAGUACUGCAUAAGCAUGUCUUACAAUCAUUUUUAAUAGAAAUAUCUGCUUCCAACACUCAUUUGUGAUGCUUCACCACUUAGUGACACGGUCUUCAUACAUGUUUCCCUGGAUAUGGUUUGAAGCAUUAUUGUAAACGUUCCAUAUUCCAUAAUAAAAAUCUUAUCUAAUGCAAACACAUUCUGCUAAUCAGAGCUGGAUGAGAUUGAGACCUGUGUAGCAAAAGCAAAAAUCAGCAGCAAUUAUAUACAGUGCUCCAUCUCAUUAAACGUGACUAAUGUUAUUUGUGAAGUGCUUGCAUAACACACAGGCUGUGGAAGUCCUGUAGCACCUACUGUGCAUAUUCUUGCCUUUAAUGUGAAACACUCAAUUUGAAUUGUUCUCUCAACAAACACUGUAAAAUAUAAGAUUUAAGUAUGUUUGAAAUUCUGAUAGAACACAUGCAGUUUUGUUAGUUUUGUGAAUUUGCAUUACACUGUAGCAGGAAACAGCCAGUAUAUUAGCACUGUCAUGAAUACUCCUUAAAAAAACUCUUUCCUACAGUAUAUAUGUAUGCAGUGUCCAUUUGUGUCUAAAAAUGUUAUUAAAAUCUUUUAUUGAACAGAAUAAAUACAGCUGUAAAUUA